AGGUCAGUGGCAGUCAGGAAUAGACCACAGGCCUGCAGAGUGCCUGGCCAGCUCUUUAACCAUUGGACCACACUGCCUCUUCUAACCCUUAGUCAUCACUGUGCUUUGUUGUGGACUGGGUCUCCAUGGCAUGGAGAAGGGGAGAAAUUGGAAGGAAAAGGAAAGAGGAGGAAGAAAGUGAUGGCGUGGAAAAAUGAAGGAGAGGCAUGUAUUGGAGUGCGUGGACUUUGGCCUGUUCUACACUUCUAAGGUGCGGGGGUACAGUUGGUGCCAUUGUUACAUGUCCUUUAGAAGUAAUAAAGACCAGGCUCCAGUCUUCAAGGCUAGCGUUCCGGACUGUCUACUAUCCUCAAGUCCAGUUGGGGACGAUCAGUGGCGAAGGAAUGGUCAGGCCGACAUCUGUAUCACCCGGACUUCUCCGGGUUCUAAAGUCAAUUUUGGAGAAAGAAGGACCAAAGUCACUCUUCCGAGGAUUGGGUCCAAACUUGGUUGGAGUGGCGCCAUCAAGGGCGGUCUACUUUGCAUGCUACUCCAAAGCCAAGGAGCGAUUUAAUGGCAUUUUUGUGCCCAACAGCAACAUUGUGCACAUUUGCUCAGCAGGCUCUGCAGCUUUUGUCACAAAUUCCCUGAUGAACCCCAUAUGGAUGGUGAAAACCAGAAUGCAGCUGGAACGGAAAGUCAGGGGUUCAAAGCCGAUGAAUGCUUUGCAGUGUGCUAGAUACGUUUACCAGACAGAAGGGGUCCGUGGUUUUUACAGAGGCUUGACGGCCUCCUAUGCUGGGAUUUCGGAGACCAUUAUCUGCUUUGCUAUUUAUGAAAGUUUAAAGAAGCACCUGAAGGAUGUCCAGCUGUCCCCUUCCCCUACUAAUGGGACCAAGAGGAACUCCACAAACUUUUUUGGACUGAUGUUUGCUGCUGCUGUUUCUAAGGGCUGUGCCUCCUGUAUUGCUUAUCCGCAUGAGGUCAUACGGACAAGACUGCGAGAGGAAGGCACAAAAUACAAGACUUUCUUUCAGACGGCUCGUCUGGUAGCACGUGAGGAAGGCUACAUGGCUUUCUAUAGAGGACUCUUUGCGCAGCUCAUCAGGCAGAUACCAAACACAGCCAUUGUGUUGUCCACCUAUGAGUUAAUUGUGUACGUGUUGGAAGACCGCACUAAGUAGCAGAGCCAGGGAGCAUCCUCUGGAAAAUAAAAACUGACAUUGAGCAAAUAGCCAUUAAGAGACUGAUACAGGUGAUGAAGAUGGAGAAUAGCUAUGAGUCUCUGAUCACCUGUUGGACACUUUUCCUUUUGGAUUCAUGCUUUCUGGAAGGUUUCAACUCAUUAACGUUAAUAGUUAAUUAUAACUUUUUAACUUAAGGAGAGAUGAUUCAGAAUUAAACUGCUACUAAAUUAAAUCAUGCUAUUUAAUUUAUGUAUGUUUUUGGUUGUCCUUUUCUUUAAGCACAGGUAUAUGUGGUAUAUAUGUACCUGUGCUAUUUGAGAUACCCCUUGGAUUGAUAGUCAUUAAAACUGUAUUGAAGUGGGAGAGGAACUGGUUUGGAGUCUGAAACUGAGACCUCCUACUACUGGUGUCACAAAAUACCAUCUUCCAGGAGUCCUGAGACCUUUCAGUGUGGUUCAUGGGUGUAAUAUUCAUCACCCAUGUGAGCUUUCAGAAUGAGAUCCUGAGCACAGUGAGGCAGCUUUGUAACAAGCAACUUGACCAGUAUAAAAUGUUCAUGCCGGAAUCUCCUGGAUAUGCCACUAUAUUGGAAGACAUUCCUGUAAAGGUUAAGCAAAAUAGCUUCCUUGAGAGAAACUUAAACCAUACUUGGGAGGGCACCUAAUGUUUGCAUCAUUUAAAUCUUCUUGAAUCUAUUACUGUCCUCAUCUCCAGUGGUGACUUCUUUUCUGAAUGGCAUGGGGGGAAUCAGAACAAAUUCUUCAAGGUAUGAAGCCAACUCCAGAGCUCCACUUUCUGGUGCAAUAUCUAGGAGCUAAACAGGUUUAAUUGGCCAUCAAUAAUUAUUAAUCUGACUUGCCCCUGAGGAACAAUAACUUGGUGAUUGGAAUGCAAUCAUGCACAUCUUACCUCCUCAUAACCCUUGCUACCUCACUGGGCUAAGUAAAAACCAUAUAAAGUUAUAUAAUGAGACUUAAGGAAACCAUUUAUAAAGUUAAAAAUGGAGAGAGACAGAUCUCCUACUCCAGUACAACCUAUUGGACUGCUCUCACCCCACUUCAUGUAGGUUCAGUAAUCUCCUGUGCUCCAAAGAGACCAGAUUGAAUGGUUCCUCCCCCACCACUUGGGUCAUCUUUCACCACUAGUCAAUGACAUAGCUCCUGCCUCUCAAUUUCAAACUACACAUCCUGCAUAGCUCUAAUCCUUUCAUGGGGCUAUUGAAAUGUGCGUAUACUUAAGCAGUCAUUUAUAUUGUAGCACCGAGUGGCCUAGAUAUCACUGUCCAGGUAUAAUUGCUGGGUGUUUCUGGAUAAUUUUGAGGGGACGUAAAGGGUUACAUUUGGUUUUGCCUUUUUGACUGGUCACUGUGUUCUUGUACCCAUUAGUGUAAUUUGCUUUGACAGCUGAGACAAAUGCUGCAGUGCAAGAGAGAUCAUCUUCUGUCUUUUUCUACAGCUGAACUGAACAACUGAGCUGCUUGUGAUUUCAGCAGGUGUUGAAUUCUUGGGCAUAUCCAGUGUUUACUUUUCUACCUUCACCAAGAAGCAAACUCAGACUUGGGAGGGUGUUACAAAUUGUUAGGAAAAAGCCCAUGAGUGAGGCUAGGGCUCUAGAAUCCUGUCUGCUUGUAAAAAGCUAAUGAGAAUAAGCAUGAUGGUUAGAAAUGUGAUUACUGACCCACUCUGUAUCUAACAAAAUGCCAUCUGGAUGCUAACAGUUAAGCCCCCAUUGAGGACAAUUGCAGAGGUAGGAGGAAAGUGAAGCAUAUGUACCCUACAGAUGAGGCCCAAUGUGACUAUAAAAGAAUUUAUUCAAUCCUGUGGAGGCUCAUUGGAAAGGAGAGAAUGUAACAUUUGUUUGAAUUUAAAAUAAAAA